AUGCUUCCAAAGUUUAUUAAGCUAAGAGCAAGCUUCUCCCUCUUGAACUUCAAUUUCAUAUCCAACCUCCCACCUGAAGUAGAAGAAUUGCGAUCUCAUGUCACUAAAUUUGCUGCAGAGGAAGUAGCACCGUUAGCCGACAAGGCAGAUCAAGAAGGCAAGUUUCCACCACACCUAUGGAGAAAGAUGGGAGAUCUGGGAUUAUUGGGAGCCACAGUUGAUCCUGCUUACGGUGGAUCAGGAUUAUCCUAUUCUGCUCAUUGUAUGAUAUUGGAAGAAAUCAGCAGAGCCUCUGGUGGUAUUGGAUUGAGCUACUCUGCUCAUAGUGCCUUGAAUGUUGCUCAACUCCAAAGACAUGGAAAUGAAGCUUAGAAAAAGAAAUACCUACCCAAAUUGUGUUCAGGAGAGUGGGUUGGAGCUUUGGCUAUGAGUGAACCCAAUGCUGGAUCAGAUGUUGUAUCUAUGAAGACAACAGCCAAAAAAGUUGGUGAUAAAUAUAUUCUCAAUGGAAGUAAGAUGUGGAUCACUAAUGGACCUGUUGCAGAUGUCAUUGUGGUUUAUGCCAAAACAGAACCUGAAAAGAAACAACAUGGAAUUACUGCUUUUAUUGUAGAAGCAGGAAUGAAAGGAUUUUCAAGAGGCAAGAAAUUAGAUAAAAUUGGAAUGAAAUGUUCUGAUACAGCACCCAUCUAUUUUGACAACGUAGAAGUCCCUGCAGAAAAUGUACUUGGAGAAGUCAAUAAAGGAGUUUAUGUUUUGAUGAGUGGAUUAGAUUAUGAGAGAUUAGUUUUGGCUGCUGGACCUGUUGGGUUGAUGCAAGCUGCUUUUGAUAUCUCAAGAGAAUACUGCAACACUAGAUAGUAGUUUGGAAAACCAAUUGGACAAUUCUAAUUGAUGUAAGGCAAAUUGGCUGAGAUGUACACUACUUUAUAAGCCAGCAGAGCCAUGCUUUAUUCAGUUUCUCGUGCUGUCGAUUCAGGAAACAUAACUAAUACAGAUUGUGCAGCAUUGAUUUAUUAUACUUCUGUGAAUGCCACUUAAGUUGGAUUGGAAGCUAUCCAAUGUCUAGGUGGAAAUGGAUAUACCUAAGAAUAUCCAGUUGGAAGAAUUAUGAAUGAUGCCAAACUCUAUGAAAUAGGAGCAGGAACAACUGAAAUUAGAAAGUGGUUGAUUGGUAGACAAUUGACUUAAUGAUCUUUAAAUAUAACAUUGUUAAGAAUUUAUAUAUUAUAAAAUUUA